AUGAACGCGAGAGCUCUUCUUUACUCUCCGAAUCUCCACUCUCUCUACACUUCAAAUCGUCCACCUGAAACCUCUCCUCGCAGCCGCCGGACUCUUAAAUCGGAUCCGAAGUCGUUACGGGUAUGGAUUUACCCGCGGAACAGGUCCGGCGUUUUCCGGGUGUUGGUUCGGAGCUCCGACAAGAGAGAGAGCGGUAAUCCGUACGCGGAGAUCAUCGAGGAAGGUCAAGAGAAAGUUAAUCGAAACGGAGUCGUUUCUGAUUCGCCGCUUAGCUCGGUUCCGUGGUGGGAAGAGUUUCCGAAGCGGUGGGUGAUAGUGCUUCUCUGUUUCUCAGCUUUUCUUCUCUGCAAUAUGGAUAGAGUGAACAUGAGCAUAGCGAUACUUCCGAUGUCGGCUGAAUAUGGAUGGAGUCCAGCAACAGUUGGUUUGAUUCAGUCUUCCUUCUUCUGGGGUUAUCUUCUCACUCAGAUAGCUGGUGGGAUAUGGGCAGACACAGUAGGUGGCAAAAUGGUUCUUGGCUUCGGCGUAGUCUGGUGGUCUAUCGCCACGAUCCUUACUCCUAUCGCAGCGAAACUCGGUCUCCCGUUCUUGCUCGUUGUUCGUGCUUUCAUGGGAGUUGGCGAGGGUGUUGCAAUGCCUGCUAUGAACAAUAUACUGUCGAAGUGGGUGCCUGUGCAAGAGAGAAGCAGAUCUCUCGCGCUUGUUUACAGCGGGAUGUACCUUGGAUCAGUCACCGGUCUAGCCUUUUCUCCUUUCUUGAUUCAUCAGUUUGGAUGGCCUUCUGUGUUUUACUCUUUUGGGUCUCUUGGAACUGUAUGGUUGACUCUUUGGCUAACUAAGGCAGAGAGUUCACCGGUUGAAGAUCUGACGCUGCUCCCUGCAGAAAGAAAGCUAAUAGCAGACAACUGCGCCAGCAAAGAGCCGGUGAAGUCGAUCCCGUGGAGGCUGAUAUUGUCGAAACCUCCGGUUUGGGCUCUCAUCGGUUGCCACUUUUGUCACAACUGGGGAACAUUUAUUCUCUUAACCUGGAUGCCAACUUAUUACCAUCAAGUGCUGAAGUUCAACCUGAUGGAAUCAGGGCUUCUCUCUGUGUUUCCAUGGAUGACAAUGGCGAUUUCUGCAAACGCUGGAGGAUGGAUCGCUGAUACACUCGUUAGCCGAGGUUUCUCCGUCACGAAUGUCCGCAAGUCUGGCCUUUACUCUAAUCAUCAAGACAUUGCUCCAAGAUACGCUGGCGUGUUACUUGGUUUGUCUAACACAGCUGGAGUGCUUGCCGGAGUUCUUGGCACAGCCGCGACUGGUCACAUCCUACAACACGGUUCAUGGGAUGACGUUUUCACGAUUUCGGUUGGUCUUUACCUUGUCGGGACCGUCGUUUGGAACUUAUUUUCAACCGGAGAAAAGAUUAUCGAUUGA